UGCACAGUCUUCGCCACAAUGAUGGCCGCAAUACAUAAUAAAUGACCUGAGCAGCAGUGUCCUUUCCUUCGUUGCCUCCCCUGCAGUACAUACCAAGCGCGUAUUAUUUGUUACUCCUCCUUCCUCUCAGUCCAGCUUUGUACUCAAGAUGGUUUCCUAUAAUACCAUUCUCCUCAACCUCGUGGCUGUGUCUACGGCGGCCGUCGUAGCUGUUAUAAGAGAGAACGCUUCCGGCUCUCUCUUGAUCACUCGGGCCGAGGCCUCUGUCUUCAUGUGUGAAGACAAGGGCUACAAGGGUCAAUGUCGAAAGCAGAGAGUCGAAACUGCAUUUUGCUAUAACGUGCCCGUCGACAUGAUCGAUCGCAUCAGCUCAAUUCGCAACAACGAUAGGGACGAUAACACCUGCACUUGGUACCGUGAGCUCAACUGCCGUGGUGACUCAUACCGCAAUCAGGAUGACGGUAACCUGGCCGAUGGCAACGGACACUUCAAUGACUCCAUUCGCAGUCUAGAGUGCAGGAGAAAGGAUUAGCCGGCUUAAAAUAUCCUUCUUCGCCCUGAAUUACUUAUAACAAGACAGUCUGGACAGUCAUAGGAUGAUAGACUUCCCUGUAAAUAAUGUAGUAAUAAGGGAGGUAAUCCGAACAACUUUAGUAGUCGUGAUGCAGUUAUAAGCUUCAUCAAUUGAUUGCACGUAAUCACAAGUUGUUAGAGCGCCUACUAAAUAACCCAAAAGUGUAGCGUGGAGGCUAAGAUUAGUUUGUGUAUUCACCGUACACUGCUUACUAUGCCAUGCAUAGUCAUUGCAACAGGGAGAAAAGACUCAUCUGGCCGCCUCCAAACACUUGGGAUAUUACCG